AUGACUGCAAACUUUCGUUUACUUGUGUUGGUUUUUUCAGUGAAAGGCUCAAAUAUAAGAUUAGAGCAUCAAUUGACAUUUUUGGAAGAGCUUGGAAAAUCUGCAGGCGAAAGAAUAAUUCACAUUUGUCUGGAACGUUCCUAUAGUAGAAUCUAUUAUGGGAUGAAUGGCGCAUCAGUUGAUGAUUUUGGAAUCUUUUUAGCAAAAUUUAAAAAGCUCCAGAGAUUAGACAUCGAUUAUAGCGGCCUCUCUGCAAAUCUUUUGGAUCUUCUAGGAAACGCUGCUACACAAUUAAAAUAUUUCAACAUUACAUUCCAUUAUGAAUAUGGCCUGGAAAUCAUUCACGAUUUGAGAUGGAGGAACUUUGCACAAGCCUAUCCCCAUCUGAUUGUGACACUAAAAGCGUUGGAGAACCCAAAAGAAUACGUCAUUUUGUCCCCACACAUGCAGUUGGUCAGCCUAACGACCCAGUUCACAGGACCCCUUAGACCCAGGGAUGAGUUUGCCAUGGACAAACUAGCCGCCCAGUAUCACCGUUCGCUACACACAUUGCAUCUCAGUCAGCACUUGUUGAAGCAGGAUUUAACGGAUGAAUAUAUUCGUCAUGUGGAAUCUUUUGAAAGAUUACAGACUCUUUCUAUAUCAAUCAAAUCAAGGGCUGCGGCUAAUGUGAUCUUUUUACAGGCUUUCUGUGAAAUGGUGAAAGUUCACAAAUCUUUAAAAAAUGUAACCGUAAAUUUUGUCAGCCCCAAGACCAUCGGUUCAAUUCUGGCUGAUAAAGUAAAUCGUCUAGAACAAUUAAUGUCCAACUCUGCUGUAGAAGGGGGUCCUCUGGUCAAGUUUAACUAUGAUCGGUGGCCGACAAAAUCUUAGGAGUUACG